UGUGCGCAUGCGCACCACAGUGAGAUUACUGCACAGCGCACUCUAAGUUGGAUCUUCUCUGUCUUCACGGAAACCAGAAAACAUAAAAGUAUGGCGAUCUUUAGAAUAAGACAAAAGAGCUUCGUGCGCGUCUGGACGUUAAUCGUGAUAGUGGCCGUGGUGUGUGCGCAAAGUGUCAAUGAUCCAAGCAAUAUGUCUAUCGUAAAAGAAACUGUUGACAGACUAUUGAAAGGAUAUGAUAUUCGCUUGAGGCCAGAUUUUGGAGGUCCUCCGGUGGGAGUGGGGAUGAACAUAGACAUAGCCAGCAUAGACAUGGUCUCCGAAGUUAAUAUGGACUACACACUGACUAUGUAUUUCCAGCAAGCCUGGCGAGACAAACGUCUGUCCUAUUCUGAGAUUCCUCUUAACCUGACGCUGGAUAACCGUGUAGCCGAUCAGCUCUGGGUGCCGGACACGUACUUCCUAAACGACAAGAAGUCGUUUGUACAUGGUGUAACAGUGAAGAACAGAAUGAUCCGUCUCCAUCCAGAUGGCACUGUGCUUUAUGGGCUCAGGAUUACGACCACAGCCGCCUGCAUGAUGGACUUGCGCAGAUACCCGCUUGAUGAGCAGAACUGCACGCUGGAAAUCGAGAGCUAUGGCUACACCACGGAUGAUAUUGAGUUUUACUGGCGAGGAGGAGACCAUGCAGUAACGGGGGUUGAAAGGAUAGAGCUCCCUCAGUUCUCCAUAGUGGACUACAAACUCAUCUCUAAAAACGUGGUGUUUUCCACAGGUUCGUAUCCUCGCCUCUCCCUGAGCUUCAAGCUUAAGAGAAACAUUGGCUACUUCAUUCUGCAGACAUACAUGCCUUCCAUCCUAAUCACCAUCCUGUCCUGGGUAUCCUUCUGGAUCAACUAUGAUGCCUCGGCUGCCAGGGUUGCUUUAGGUAUCACCACUGUGUUGACCAUGACCACCAUCAACACACAUUUGCGGGAGACGCUUCCAAAGAUCCCAUAUGUCAAAGCCAUUGACAUGUACCUGAUGGGUUGUUUCGUCUUCGUCUUCCUGGCUCUGCUGGAGUAUGCGCUGGUCAACUACAUCUUCUUCGGCAGAGGACCGCAGCGGCAGAAGAGAGCUGCAGAGAAAGCCUCCACAGCCAACAAUGAAAAAAUGAGAAUGGACCCUAACAAAUGGUUGGUGGGAAAUGUAGUUCAGAGAGACGAUGCUCUAUAUGCCAGAAUGAAACAGAGGGAUAUUGACGCGCAUGACUCCAUGUGGGAACCGAUCUUUGUGGAUGAUGCAGCAUUAGGACUAGGCGAUUCAAAAAAUAAGAUGGACCCCCAUGAAAACAUCCUUCUCAGUCCUCUGGAGAUCAAGAAUGAAAUAGGCACAUCGGAGUUGACCCUGAGUUUGGGUGACCCCCGUGCAACCAUGCUGGCCUUCGACAGCUCCUCGCUGCAGUAUCGCAAAGCCGGCCUGGCCAGACACAACUUUGGACACAAUGCGCUGGAACCCCACGUGGCUCAGAAGAAGAGCCGACUACGACGGCGCACUUCACAGCUUAAAAUCACCAUCCCUGACUUAACUGAUGUCAAUUCAAUCGACAAGUGGUCGAGAAUGAUCUUCCCCACCGUAUUUUCCUUCUUCAACGUCGUCUAUUGGCUUUAUUAUAUCAACUAACUGGAUAUCAGGGCUGUCCGAGAAGCGCCACUUAUUUUUAUGUCAGUAUACUCUUCUGUCUGAUUUCGCAAUACAAGCAGGACUUAGAGUACAGUAUGUUGACAAAUUCAAAUCAGGACUAAUUCUCUUUGACCCUGGGUUCACCUUAAUUGCUGGCUGACACGGAUCCUCUAAAAAGGUUAAGAACAAAUGGUGCCUGCUCUAAAAUUCAGUAGUUUUUAAUGCGUUUGAAGGUGUUGUUCAGAGUUUCCUUUGCUAGAUUUAUUUAUUUAUUUUAGGAUUUCUUUUAGAGCAAGAUUCAUUGUUUUGUUGCAAAAUUAUCAAAACAGUUACUGCCGCAAAUUAUCUUUAUACAAGCAGAAAUAUCGAAGUCUUAACAUGAAAAGUGGAUGUCUAGAGUUAUUUCCCCUUUUAAACAUUUCUAAAAUGAGAAGCACUUGGUAAUUUAAUAUUUAUCUACCUUUAUUUGUAAUCUUUAUUUUUUUCACAGUCUAUUGUGUGAAGAGACAAUAUGAAUAGUUCUAACAUUUUCUACUUCUCUACUCACAGAUGAUAGUUUAUCCAAGACAAUUUAUUAUACACUUUUAUGUAACCUCAUUUAUUUUGAUAAAACUUGUCACUCAAAUCCUCAAAAUAUUAUUCUCACCUUAGCCAACUUUAUAUUUCCACUAUGCUUGUAUCGAGUUUAAUUUCGAUAUCUAGCGUGCCAUGGAAAUUAAAGACAUUAAUACUAAUAACACAAAAUCAGUUUUUUAUAGUACUCAAAAAUUUAAUUUGUUAUUCAGCUAAUCUGUCUGUUAGCAUUCUCACUCAUCUUAGCAUUCCCAUGAGCACUUGAGCUGUAAAUGCCAUGUGAAUGAUUAACAUUCUGUUGUAAAUCGCUUCGAUAAGCAGCGAUAAUCCUGCGCUGUGACAUGAAUGGCAACAGACAAGGGCAAAAUAAAUUAA